AUGAAUCCUCCAUCCGAUCCUCGUAGGGUAUAUCCCGAUGGGACCCGUCGCUCACGGGCAAUCACAACCCAGCGACGCUCACAACAUGUACAUCAAACACAACUCCCUGCAUCUGCUUCACGAGAGAUUUCGCAACUUCCACAAAGUCUCCCUCAAAUGCAACCGCCCAUAACAAACAACCGAACCUAUCCGAUCCAGGUGUAUCAAGAUACAUCAACAUAUCAAUACGCACAAUGGUAUGUUGCAUCGACUGUUUCGGCACAUCAAGGCAGUAGUCCUCAGCAAUACGACGAAUAUAUCGACGCACACAACCGGUUGACUCUCCCAGGCGACAACCAUCUAUCACAUGACGUUUAUAGAAGGACUGCCAACUUCGUUGACUCUGGGCAAUAUACGGGAACCCGUUAUGCACCGUACGCCGAUGAUGCCGAGCAACACGGGGUCGCUUCUGCUGCCAGGACCAUCACGCAUUUUGAAAGGCAGUUCUCCCAUGAUACCAACAGCAAUACCACAAUUCAAGAUGUCCAGCAGCGUGGCACAACAUGGCAUUAUCCACAACGUAUCGAUCCGAACAGCCGUGACUAUUUGCCAACAGUUGAAUAUACCAGUAUACUCUCGUUAACAUCACCGAUCUUCAUUUUAAUUGCUCUUGAGAAUAAGGUGUGGAGGCCGGUGGAUGGAAGUUGGUGUGUGCAUCAAUCCAAAUGGGAAACUUCGAGACGCCACUUUACUGUAGUGUCUCAGCUGUUGGUAGCAAUCGGCCAAGGAGAGUGUGCAGUUCGAGCCCAUCGAGAUGGUUUGUUGACCAAACGAGUUGUUUGGAGACUGUUUGACAUUUUGGAUUCAGGCUAUCCAAGCUGGGUUGGUUUCGUGCAUUAUACCAUCGGGGGACGUGUGGUUGCGAUCCUUGUAUGUGUGUUGAAGAUCUACAGCCUGCUUGAGCUGAGACUAGGGAUGGAAGCCACCAAACCUGGAAAGGGCUGCACCAAAACGGUCUCACACCAAUUUCGCCAGUCUUAA